GAAAAGGGUUCGCUCGUAUUGCUACUCUGCACCGCCCGACAUACAGCCGUCCGCAUGUGCUGCCAUGAGCGGGCUCACUUUGAGAAGAGGAAUAACUUUAGCGCAAAUGUUUAAAAAGCUGUAAGUGUGCUGCUGUGAGUGAGCGAGGUGAGAGAGAGGGAACGUUUGGGUGCAUCGUUACCGAACGAGAGAGCCAGAGCGAGGGGAGCGGGGCCGUUCGUUAUACCAAAAUGGCAACCCCCUAUGUGACAGAUGAAUCCGGGAAAUACAUUGCUGCUACUCAGCGACCUGAUGGAACCUGGAGGAAGCCAAGGCGAGUAAAGGAUGGUUAUGUCCCCCAGGAAGAAGUCCCUGUGUAUGAAAACAAGUAUGUAAAAUUUUUUAAGAGCAAACCAGAUCUGCCCCCUGGUCUGAACCCAUCCAACGCAGCACCACCAAAACAGCAGCAGCAGCAGCAAAAGAUCCCUGGAUGUGGUGACAGUGAGACAGCAGGUCUCUCGAAGUCUGCCAAACGCAAUAUGAAACGUAAAGAAAAACGAAAGCAGCAGCAGCAGCAGGGCCAGGAUGGCGACGUGGAGGCAGAUGUGGAAUUGGUGAGCAACGCUGUGGAGAACGUGUCCAUUUCCGAAGGUGACAAGUCUGCAAACAAGACAGCUGCGCCUGUUUCUGCGGCUUCUCCCAGUGACUCUUCAUCAGCGGCGGCUGAAAAGGCCAAGAAGAUCAAAAACCUGAAAAAGAAGCUGCGACAGGUUGAGGAGUUGCAGCAGAAAGUGGACUCAGGAGAAAUAAAACAGCCAACAAAGGAUCAGCUGGAGAAACUGGGUCGGGCAAAGGCCUUACAAGAGGAGUUGGAGCAGCUGGAGCAGGAUUCCUAAAGCAAUAAAAGACAGCAGAAGAGUUGGAUGGACUCAACAUAUGAACUACACACAGGAAGGGACCCUUGCACCUUUGUGAUCAUGGCUUCUAUUAAACAUAUUGUACCUGUUUGAUGUUUGUUAUGAACUUGAGAGGUGAACAGUCUCAGCACAGUCUGCAAAGCAGGUGUUGCAACUUAACCACGGACAAGGCUGUUUUAUAGAUUCAGAUAAAUAACAUUGUUACUUUUGCUCAUAUAUUUGUAUUGGAGAGGCCCUUCAUUUAUAAAUAUGUUUUAAAGAGAUCACUGUAAAUUGUUUUGUGCAUGUCUGUCCUCUCCAUUUUGUACCUUUUCAUCAUGUCAUCAGGAAUCAUUUACAGAAAAAACACAGUAAAAAAAAAAAAAAUUUCUUGUUGAAGAAAAUAUGGUUUGUUAAUCUUUCUGCUUUAGGAGGUAACAUUUUUGUCAGUGGUUGGAUGCCCUCUUGUAGUCACACUAAUGUUAAGUCUUCAGUCAUUACUUUUAUUAAAAUACAAGAUGUGGAAA